AUGAUUCCGGUUCUCGUGGUGCUCUGUUCAGCUGCUCUGCUCGUUGAUUCUUAUGUGAUUGGAGGAGGAACACAGGUAAUAUCACUUUACGGUUUGCAUAUCUUUUCAUGUGGCUAUGUCGCUGUACCGCAAUCACACGUGGCCGCGACCAUUCCCAAUUUAGCACAGAACUCACGUGGAGAGCGGUGGAGCGGGAUUGCCAGACUUCUGGUUCCUUUGAUUCACUUUUAAUUUCAGCCGGGCGGCGGCACUUACAACCCGGGCGGGUCCACGAACAACAACUACAAUGGGAUAGGCGGAGGAGUGUCUCCAGGCGGAAGCAACGGAGGAGCACAAAAGGACGAAGGCGGAUACUGUAUCACGAACAAUGACUGCCGCUCGGGACUCUACUGCACCGCUUCCGUGAACGGCGUAAAGAUUUGUUUGUCGAGUAGCAAUGGAGGAGGAGGAAAUGGAUAUCCGAGUGGGAACGGAGCAUGCCAGACUUCUGCCAACUGCCAAUCCGGAUCAGUUUGUGUGAUUACGAACGGAGUGGGAAGCUGCCAAAUCCAGACGGGAGGCUACGUGUCUCCGGCCAGACAGGGUAUGGUCAGGUAUCCGUCGUCGAGCAGCAUCACUGUCGGCUAAUCGACUCUGCACUUGUCCGUGUCUCUCUUCACUCUUGUACAUGUCCGUGUCAAUAAAUGUUUCACAUCAGUCUCGCGUUCAGAAUUCAACGAUGACAUUUUUGCGAAAAGUGCUCCAGAGCCAGGGAAGUUGAACAGUGGAUGUGAGCGGGAUGCGGAUUGUGAUGAGGAACUGGCUUGCACACUUUACUUCGGGGAAAUGAUGUGUCGAGUUAGUCUUGGCGCAGCUGAACAUUUGAGAAUUCCCUCUUUCCAGUUCCCUAUCAAACCUUUGAUUCCUCUCCGUUGCGAGACAUAUUCUGAAUGUCCUUCAACCGAAUAUCUCUGUGUUUUCAGUACAGCUAUGCAGGAUAAGGUUUGCUACAAGUAUGGAGGUACUCUUCCACUGAUAGUGAGUCCCUCUCACUUCCUGAAUGUGCUCUUCAGACGUUGUGACCGAUGGUUAUGUCAUUCCUAUCAAGCACAAACUUUCCAUGGAAAUGAAAGUGUCCUCGACGACUCCCGCUCCGAGAAGGACCACAACAUCCACACCUUCAGAAGCUAAUGGAGUUUUCGCAGAAUCGGAAGCAGUUUUCGAGAGCCCCGGAACUCUUUUGACCUCUUCCCUCCGUAAGUGCCCUUUGCAAUGGCAUCCGCAUCCGCAGCUAAAAAUCAAACUUUCAGAGAAAAGAGCGGAUAAAACAAAUGGGCCUACUCCUCCGAUCUACAUGAAAAUGAUGGAAAGUCCUGCUGACGAAGUCGCCGGACAACACGACGGAGAAGCAGUGAAAGUGACGAAGGUGAUUGUGAAGGAGGAACGGAAGGAAGAAGAAGAAGAAAAAGAAGAAGAAGAAAAAGUGGUUGGAGGGAUGGAAGAGGACGAACCGAUCGAUCCGAUGGCAACUGUCUGCCAGUACGAUUAUCAUGUGAGCACAAUGUGAGGCAGUUGGAAGAGAGAAGGUGUUCAUUUCAGUGUCGGAUGGGAGAGAGCUGUUCCGGUCGAAUUCGGUUUGUCGACAGAAAUGUUACGGUUUGUCGCUACGACAUUCUCAAGAAACACCGUCAAUGCAUUUAUCAUUCGGACUGCUUAUCCGGUCAAGUAAGUACAUUCCGUCCAAGUUUUGCGACUCGGGGACGUGUCAUGCCCACGUGUACGUGCUCGGAAAAAAUCAAUGCGUCCGCUUCCGGCGCCAUUUUCACACUCUCUUUGAUUGCUGCACUAAACAUUACUCAUCUCACUUUGCAGAGGUGUACGGCGAAGAGCAAAGAUUUGGCGACUUGCGAAUCAGACAUCUCGGCCACUCUCGGAUCCAUCCAAUGCUUUUACGAUUACGAGUGCUCAGGCGGCGAGAAGUGCACUCUUGUUGACGGAAACCAACGAAAGUUCGUCUGCCGACCCUCGCCGACGUCCGAUCCUCGGCUCAAUCAGAUGUGCACCACGAAUGCGCAGUGUCCCUUCCAGCAGGUUUGUCCCCUUCUCAAUCUCCUCGAAGAUUCUCCUCCUCUUCCAGGUCUGCCGUCAAUCGGCCGGCAUCUCGAUGUGCGUCGACGUGUCCAUCUCGAAAAACCCUGCAAUGCUGCACGAACGUCUGUGGCGGUUCCUGCGCAAUUUCAUUUUCCGCCGCACACUUUAA